AGAUAUAACCCUGAUCAAUCACACAAUUGACUACCCUUAAUCAUGGAUUAAGAGGCAUUAUCUACUCAGUCAAUACCCAAGUAAAUAAAAAAUAAAAACCACCGAAACCUUAAAGCAAAACCUCUCUCUCAAUUUCUCUCCUUCUCUCAAUUCUGGAAUUACGGGGAGGAUACGUGAUUUGUGAUCCCUCUCCCCUAAACGCCGUAACGGAGACUCCCCUAGAACUCCGUUACUUCCCCACCCUCGUAAAGUCACGUGCCUUUAAAAAAACCAAAAUAUAUAUAUAUAAAAAAUCCUCUUUCAUCAUUUUCUUUAAUUAUGGCUUUAGAGCAGCAAUUAAACUUAACCCCAACUCAAAACUCCGUUGACGGCGAAAGAACUAACGGCGUUGACACCAACAUCCGAGACGGCGGGGAUGACGGAAACAAAGCACCGAGACUCCCUCGGUGGACGCGGCAAGAAAUUCUAGUACUCAUACAGGGCAAGAGAGUGGCAGAAAACAGAGUCCGAAGAGGUCGCGCAUCGGGUAUGGGCAUCGGGUCGGGUCAAAUCGAACCGAAAUGGGCCUCAGUAUCUUCUUACUGUAAAAGACAUGGAGUGAACCGGGGACCGGUUCAGUGUCGGAAAAGAUGGAGUAAUUUAGCAGGUGAUUUUAAGAAGAUAAAAGAAUGGGAGACUUCAAUAAGAGAAGAAACGGAGUCCUUUUGGGUUAUGAGGAAUGAUUUGAGAAGAGAAAGGAAAUUACCGGGGUUUUUUGAUAGGGAGGUAUAUGAUAUACUCGAUGGUGGCGUCGGUACGGUCCCGGGAUUGGCGCUUGCAUUGGCACCGUCUUCGACGGCUGCAGAGGCGGAGGCAGUUGUGGAGGAGGUGGUUUUUGAUAGUGGGCGGAGUGCAGCGGCGGAGGAUGGAUUGUUUUCAGAUUUUGAGCAGGAGGAGGGAGGAGGGAGUCCGGAGGCUGUAGUUAAGGAGGUGCAACCGAUAAAGGUGGCGGUGACGGCAGGGGUUGCUAAUCCGACACCGAUUUCAGAGAAGCAGUACCAGCCAGCUCCACGAGCAAGUCAAGCUCAAGUGUGUAGGUCAGAAAAAACUGGUGGUUCGGGCAUUUUCCAACUUCUCCUGGUCUUGAAACUUCAUCAUCGGCUAGUUUUACAUGCAGAGAAACUGUACUGUUUUUUGUGUACAUUGCAGUUCCACCAAAUGAUAAAAGGCCCGCCACAAAUCCUGAGAUGGGGUCUGCUUCGCAUGAGGAACGGAAACGGAAACGGUUUGCGAUGGAUGGUGAUGAGGAAACCGUCAGUUUGCAGAGUCAUUUGAUUGAUGUCUUGGAAAGGAAUGGCAAAAUGCUGACUGCUCAGCUCGAAGCUCAGAACACAAAUUUUCAGUUGGACCGGGAGCAGAGGAAGGAUCAUGCAGAUGGCUUGGUUGCUGUUCUCAAUAAGCUUGCGAAUGCGCUUGGGAAAAUAGCGGAUAAGUUGUAGCUAAAUGCAGAUAGGAGAUUGUGCACAUAACAAAGCUCUUUUUUAGUUUCAUAGAUAUAGCUGGGGGUGUAGUAUUGGUGAAUUGAUCUUGACGGUUUAUCUUAGGACCACAUUUCACAUCUUGUAUUUUAUUUUUAAUACUCUUCCUUGUAUUUUGCCACCUCUGUGGCGUAGUGCCAUUAUAGGCCAUACAUACAUAGGGUCCUUGAUUAGAUAAUAAAUUCAGAGAUAAGUGUAUACUCCAUCACAUUCUGCUUCUUUAUUGUUCUCUCCUGGAUGUUUCGGGUAUUUGUACAGGUUAUUCGUUAUAUUAAGCUACAGAGGUCAUUCCUUG